AUGUUUGAUUAAAUUCUAUUUUAAGAGACAGGAGCUCCUGUUUAUCAAUAUGAUAUUAAGAAGUAAGAUAAACUUGGAUAAUUGUUAUAUCGUGAAUUUAAUGAAGGUUAUAAAUUGUAUUUAGAUGAGUAGUAAAUAAAUGAUGUUAUAAAUACUUUUGAGGAAUUUAUAAAGGUGAAUGUUAAUAAUUAAAUAAUGGGUGUAGGUGAGAUAAAGUAAAAUUUUAAAAUGUUAACAAUAUCAAAAUAGAAUGGAAACAAGAAGAAAUAAACAAUAAUUUUAAAAUCUAAUUAUGGUUUGUAAAUUGAGAGUCAGGAUUAAUAUAUAAGUGGUACUAUAUUUAAUUUUUUGGAAUGGAGUUGUAUAGUGGUAUUGAUGAUUACACCAGAUAUGAGUUAUGAAUAUGUAACUCAUUUUAGUAGUUAGGACAAGUAAUAUUAUUCUUUUUAAUUUGAAUUGGGUUAAGCAAAUAAGUAUCUAAUUUUAAACUUAAAUAAAUGUCAUAUAUGUUUUUAUAAUGAGAGUAUAAUAAAAUAUGAGAAAGUGAAAUGUUUAUAGUAUUUAGAAUAUAUAAUUUAAUAAUUACAUUAUACAAAUUAUUCUUCAUUUCAUAGAAUAGAAUUUUAGAAUAUAUUAAAUAAACAAUAAUUCAUGGAUUAGUUUUUAUUGAAAUCUGAUGUAAUCAAGUGGAUUGCAUAGGAUUUUGAAUAUGAAGAUAAUUAAAAUUAUUAGUUAUUUAAGUAAAUAAGAUAUAAUGAGGAAAUCUCAUAUAAGGUUCCUGAGAUUUUUAUAGCUUUAGGAUAGUUGUCAAAAUUAAAGUAUGUUUAUAUUCACAAUUAAUCAAUUGUUGGAGAAUGUUUAUACGGAUAGAUAGAAUUUGGAGAAGAGAUAUUAUUUAUUGAUAUAUCACCAAGUUAACAUUUUGUUUAUUUUUAUGAAUGUGAAUAAGAGCCAGUAUUUAAAUUGUAAUCAUCAAUAUGGAGAUAUAGGAAACCAUUCAUUGAUUAUUAGAUAGAAUUAUUAUAUAAGGAUAAAAAGAAACUUAUAAAUAAGAUAAAAUUGAAGGGUAAGAUUGUUAAAGGAAGAUAUAUUUAUGCAAAGAAAAAUUGUUUAUAUGUGACAUUUUAAGGUGGAAUGAGAAUUGUUUAAUGUGAGAAUUUGACCAUAAAUAGAAUGAUAGGUGAAUAUUCUUAGAGAGAAGAAGUAGAAUUUUAAAGUGAAGAUGGAUAAUGUAUUAUUAAUUUUAUAACCAUUUAAUAAGAUUAAGAAUAUAAGUAUAAAUUUAAAUUUGUUGAUUGA